AUGAACGAGUCGGAAAAAGAAGGAGAAGAGCGAGUUUACGACCUCAUCGGAGACACAGAUGAUAAUUCAAACGGGAAUGAAGGAGUGGAAAAAACAGCUGCUGUAAGAGAAAGUUUGGUAACAGGAACUGAUGAAGUCGAUCAAAGUUUGGCUGCCGCGCAAACAGAUGACACCUUUGGUGAAACAAAGAACAUAUUACUCAAACUCAGAGAGAAAUUUCGACGUCGUAAAUGUUCAGAAGAUUCAUCAGCAAAACAUUUUGAUUCUGAAGAAACAAAUGAAUCUUUGACAGCGUACUCAAGCAUCGAAGACAAUGAAUUACCAAAAACUACAACUAGACUUUCACUGAUGCACAAAACGCUUAGUUUUCCUGGCUUCGCUAAAGAUCGGUCCUUCAGUCGAUCGGGGGCGAAACGUUCUCGAUCAAAGUCAUUUUCUAUUCGAAUGCAAUCCAAGGAAAUGGAGGCAAAAAGAGAGGAGGACACGUUUGAGUGUAGUAAACAAGCUGGUGACACCUGCAGCACAUCCAGCUGGCUGAAUUUCGAAACUGCACAGGGAAAUCCAUUUGUAGAACCAACGAAGAAAAGAGCAGUUCCUCCUCCCCCUCCUCCCAUACCUCUGCCAUCACACUUUACUAGAAAAAAACAAAGACAGCUUGUAAAAUCGUUGACAAUAUCGCUCGAUGAACUAGACCCAUGUGAUAGAGGAUUCAGGCCAGUGCCGACCAUUGAAGGUGUCGACAAGCAGUUGAAUGCUAAGUGUCCGCAAACAGCUACUGAAAUAAGCUGCCAGCAAUACUCAUUUCCAUUAACCAAAUCUUUAGAGUCACUUUCACAUCACAGUUGGUACUGGGGGCCUAUAGACCAGUUUGAAGCUGAGGUUUAUUUGCAAGAUAAACCUGAUGGUUGCUUUUUGGUCCGGGACAGCUCCCAUGAAUUCCACUUGUACAGUGUAAGUUACAGGUGUAGAGGAAGAACCUGCCAUACAAGGAUUCGCUAUGGAAAUGGUAUGUUUUACUUUGUUGCUCCUCCAGGUGAAAUGGGAACUAAAACAGUGGUAGGACUCAUCAAGAAAUCCAUGAAAAUGUCCCUAAAAGGGCCAAUGUGUUUUUCAAAGGCAUCAACUUUCCUAGGCUUUCCCACUUUUCCCAUUCGACUUACAACACCAGUUUCAAGGUUUGAAGAACUUCCCUCUCUCCAACAUCUUUGCAGGUUUGUUAUUCGACAAAAUUCACGCUGCGAUAAGCUUCAUGAAUUACCAUUGCCAUCCAAGAUUAUUAACUAUCUGAAUGUAGAUAAUCAUUUCCUGGAAAAUGAAGGGAAAGAAAAUUCAUCCCUUUCAUAG